UUAGUGCCGCUACAGUCGGUUUGACGUUUUGUGUCUCUCAUUUUGUUUCAUCGAUUAGACACACGUUGUACGGAUGCAUACAGCUUGAAGAGAGAGAGAGAGAGAGUAGAGAAAAUUAUUAACGCUUGAAAAGAUCGAGCCCAUUGAGUUUAAAUGUUUUAAUUCAUUUUCGAAUUACACCACCAGCCUGUGUGCGUACGGGAUAGCGGCGCUUGUGUGUGUGUGUUUUUGGUUUUGUAAAGAGAGUGAGAGAAAAAAGUUAGAAAACCCUUGUACACUAUCACGCACGAGAGAGAGAGAUAGAGAGCGAGCGAGAGCGCAUCGCAAAGUGUACGCGCUGUGGCGAGCGGGAGGUAGCAAUGAGCAAUUUCAGCGGCGUACGCGCACCCACACACUUGCACACGGUAGCGUGUGCACACAUGAACGCAUCUACAGGCGCGCGCGAUCGACCUUCUUCGAAUUGGCGCAGCGAGUUUUUCCCUUGCCCCUUCCCACACCAGGUGCCGCCCCUGUGCUCUCGUAGAACACCUUCGAAUUUGAAUUCCAUUCGCGAACGGCAGGCGAACGGCGCUAAUACACAUACACAGGCAGAGGCGAGCGGCGCCCUCGUCUAACUGAGCAGUUGUUGUUGCUGGUGCUGUAGCCCUCUGCGCUGGGUUGUAGCGUGUGGUGUGGUAGUGAUUGUUCAUCGAUUUGUGUACCACUUUCUAGCUGGAUUGAAUGUAUGAGGGGGUUGGGAGGAUGGGAGAUAUAUUCGCUUGUACUGUCCGUGUGUAUUCACAACACAACCGUUUUCAAUCUUCUUUUUUCCGUUGCUUUUUGUGUCUCUCUAUUUCCACCACAGCAGUCGGUGUUUCGCCAGUGUGUGUGUGUGUGUGUGUGCGUCUAGCGUUUAGCGACGGUGUGGAAAGCAGCAGCAGCAGCAGUACCGAGACGUCGUCAGUGCCGACUUGACGCGAAUCGAUCAACGUCCGCCGUCGCCUGGAACAGAAGAAGCAUGUACAUUUAAACAGUGCUUUUGUGUGUGUGUAUGUUUCCUAAAUGUAAGUGUGUCUGCAUUACGGCUCAGUGACACCAGACGUGCCAAAAUGUAACAAAGACCGCAAAGUAAAAGCAAUAGUAAAACCGUGGUGCAAUAAAUAAGGGGAAGAAAAUGAACUUUUCCUCGCAAAAGACCCCUAAGAUCAGCUUCUUAUUUAACCGCGCGUGUGUGUGUGUGUGAGAGUGUAUAGAGAAAAGGGUUUAAUCGUGUAAUAAAAAAGUGCAUCGAAGUGGUUAAAGAGCACCCAGCAAAGAAAAAAAAAACAUACAUCCACUCCACUACCAAAUCGUUCAAAGCGAACGUCGCUCGACGAAAGUAUGCGUGUUGCGGCGAGAAUGUGCCGAAAAGAGAGCCCAACCUCGCACGAUCGAGUGUGAGAGAGAGAGCGAGAAAAAUAGAGUGUGUGCGGCCUCGACAGCACACAGCAAGCCUCGUACAGCGAGCGAGAGAGGGAAAGUACCCUUUGUGGAGCACUCUCUCUAUCGCACACAGACACAGCUGCUGUGUGUGCAUUGAGUCCCGUGUGUUGGUCGCCCUUAGCCGCGCUUGGUUGUGCUGAACCGGUGUGUGCGUGCGCGUGUAUCCUGAUUCGUGGCCGCUGUGCAAUUGUGUGUGUGCGCGCGCUUGAACAGAUCUAAACGCACACUCUCGAACAGUUAGUGAAGGGUAGGGAGAAGACCCAACAACCAUCUAGCGUGUGUGGUUCAGCCUCUCAUCAGCUCAUCAGUUUUCAUCGGUUAACUGUGGUGCGAGCUUGGCUUGAAGUCUACUUCGUCGUUGGUGCAAGCGCUACCUUGCCCAUCCUUCUUGGCGUUUGAUGAGUUGCGCGAAAUUGUGUGUCUACCGUUUUAUCGGUUUAAGUCUUGAAGAGCCCCAGUAGGCAGAAGGAGGAAUUUAAUCUACUCCUAAGUACACACACCACAAACAAAACGAGGAUAAACGAGCUAUAGGAGUGCUAAAUUGUGCAAAAGUAUUUAUUGUGUGUCGGCUGGUUAAGUUCAGUGUAAAAAAAUAAUCAGUGCGACGUGUAUAUGCGAGUGUACAUCGUUUCGCUGCGCAAGAAAGUGGCUCUGUUUUAAUUUGUUCAUUUCACCACCAAAGUGUGUGUGUGUGUUUCUGUAGAUGUGUAUGUGUGUGUGCGUGCCUGUGUGUACAGCAGUGCGUUCGUGUGUGUUUAUAAAACGUAAAGCAAAAUAGUAAAAGAGAUCGUGCGGGUCCAAUGCAAUAAAAUAGAGCACACACACAACACAGGUAAAGGUGAGAAGCUGCAAAAGAGAAAGUGCACUGGUGUAGCAGCAGCAACAACAACGGCACACAAAAGAAGGGGGUUGCAAUAUUGUAGAGAAAUUAUAGAAGAAAAUUAGCUCCCUCCUUACACCACUACUACACCACUACCCGUCUCUAGCACGCUGUACGGUCUGUGUGUGUGAGAAAGAGCGAAAGAGCAAUAAGCGAGUGAUAAAGAGAGCGAAAGAGAGUGUGCGGUGUGUUGUGGCUGUACCAAAACCCACCCGCCCGUGUGUGCAAUUAAAACCGUAGCGGUGUGUAUGUGUACGGUUUUUAAAAUUAGUGUACCAAUGUUGUUGUUUACGGUUUACCCACUGCAACAACGCGACCGCGUUCGCCUGCCGCCGCCGCCGCCACUACAGCAGCGACGCUUGCUGCAUCGCCAGUAAAACGGGGGUGCACUGUUGCGUUUGUGUGUUUGUUUGUGUGUGUGUUGGGUAGCGCCCAAGUAUGCAAUAGCACACGAAUCGUCGUGGCAUCGUUCGCACACAGUUUUUUUUUUUUUAAUUCCUGUAAGUGGUGUGAAGCAAAGUGUGAAUUAAGGGAGCAAAAUAGAUAAAUUUCACGUACCGUGCGUACGAAGAAGAAUAAGGGCACACCGAAGAAAGGGGAAAGAAGGAAAUAGAUAAGAAAUUGUCUACGCGAAGUGUGUCAGUGUGCGUUCAUACUAUCCAUAGCAUACGGUGUGCGUGUGUGCGCGUGUGUGUGUCUGUGUACAUAUACAAACGGGCGCGUGUUGCUAAAUUUGCCUCCGCUCUCGUCGGUACGGUGCCGUAGUGUCGUCGUCAACACAACACACCAACUGCUACAACAGCAACAACAACAACAACCAAAACCAACGCUCUUAAAUUACACCUGUUCGUCCGUAAGAAAAUGUUCGUUACAACAAUACAAGCAUGACGCACCAGAAUCACCAAACUAACGGCGCCAGUUUGGAAGAUUGCCACACAAACUUCUUCGCUUUGACCGACCUCUGCGGCAUCAGAUGGCGUCAGCUGGUUCUCGGUGAGCGGCCGAACGCGGCCGGCGAUCCGCUCGACGAUCCGGUCGUGCGCUCCUACUCGAAAUGUCUCGCCGUCGACAUACUGUGCGUGUGGCGGAGGGUGGUCGCCCCCAAGCCGAAACCGAAGCCGGACCCGGACCCGAGCAGCAUGUUCGACAUGAGCAUACCGGGCACCGGUAACAGUGGGUCCGUCGUCCAUCCGCCCCUCUCGCUGACCGCCGCCAAGGAGCUGUGGAUCUUCUGGUACGGCGAGGAACCGGACCUAACCGAUCUGGUCGCGCCCGAGCUGCUCAAUUCAUCCGAAGCCGGCGACAAAGGAUCCUGGGAGAAUGGACUCUCGUACGAGUGUCGUUCGUUGCUGUUUAAGGCGCUACACAAUGUGAUCGAAAGAUGCCUACUAUCGCGAGGUUUCGUGCGGAUCGAGCAAUGGUUCGUUCAUCCCACCUCGAACGACGAACGGGUGUUCGGAAAGAGCUCCCAUCAUGCCUCGUUCUCGUUCACGUUCUUCGUGCACGGUGACAGUACCGUCAUCACGGCGAUGGACAUCCGCGAGCAUCCGCCGGUGCGGCUGCUGACGAUGAAGCACCUGGAAGAGGCGCAGCGGGCCGCAGCACCCGGUGCUGCCGCCGCUGCCGCCAGUACAACUGGUGGCCCUGCGAGUCCGGAUGGCGGGCUGAAUGCUGCCCCCGGGUGUGCGCCCGCUUCACCCGGCGGAUCGGCCAGCGGCACCGUCGUGCCGGCCGAUGAUGCGAUCGAACCGCGGGAAGUGCUGCUCGCCCCGUUCGCCAUCACCGGCACGCUGACGGGGCAAAGCUACAGGGCGAGCGAUCCGCACACGCAGAAAAUUCUCGACGACUGGAGCGCGUUCUAUCCGAUCACGAACAAGCACAGCGGGCUGGCGGACGGUGCGGACAGCAUGCCGCCGCUGGUGGAGGUGCUCGUCGGCAAGAUGAAGAUGCGCUACCCGUCCAAGUACGUGCUGGUGCCCGACAUGGACGACUGGACGUCGGCGGGCGACGCGAGGAGCAAUAGUAGUAGCAGCAGUAGUAAUAGUAGUAAUACCAACAGCAAUCAAACCACCACGCCGGCCACGGCAGCCGCCUCGAUUGCAGCGUCCGUGCUGAGCCGCAUCAACAGUGCGUCGGAACGGUCCGGUGGUGGCGUCGCCAGCAACAGCACCACCAGCAACACCAUCAACACAACCAGCAAUCAAACGGCGGCUGCUGGCAGCAGUAGUAGCAAUGCUGCUUCGGCCGCUUCUUCCGCCCGCCCGAAGGACACGGCGAACGAUGCUGCGGCACCCUCUCCCACCGGUACGCUGCGGCAGCGUAAUCACCACAAGUCCAUGAUGACCCCACCGCUUACCGUGCCGGAAUCGCCCUCGAACGAUCUCGGCAAUCCGCUCAGCAUGUCGUCGGCGCUGAUCAACAAGUCGCCGGCCGUCAUCCUGCCCGAGCGGGUCUGGCAGGACUGCAUCAUGCAUGCGCCUACGCCUGCCGCCACCGCAGCUAGCAGCAGUGCGAGCAGCGGCACGACGGCAACCACCACCGCGCCCGGGAGUGUAACGAUCAAAACGGAACCAAAGGAUAAUACCAGUGGCAGCAAUAGCAGUACCAACAACAACAACAACAACAACAACAACAACAGUAAUAGCAGCAGUGGCGGAGGGGACGAAAACUCAUCCGGCGCGGCCAACGGGGUCGACGCGAACGGGAACUCCUCCGUGUGGGAGAUCAGCGACCCGACGGUGAAAGUUUCCUGCUGCUGCAUCAAGUGUUGCAAGCGACCACCAUCUUCCUCGUCGUCAUCGGCCUCGUCGUCCGCUUCAUCCUCGGCAAGUGGACGAACACAGCAGCAGCAGCAGCAGCAGCAGCACACGAUCGGUGCAGCAGGCAGCUCCUCGGCAAAUGCAACCGGCGGCAGCAGCUACACUUCCAUCUCAUCGCCCGGAGGUGGUGGUGCCGCUGCCGCCGGAGGUAGUGGGUCUUUGCAUCCACACCCGAAAUCGUCCUACUCGAUCACUUACCCUGGCAGCAGUAGUGGUAGUAGCCGUAGCAGCCACUACCAUCACCAUCAAUCGACGAAGGACCAUCACCACCACCACCACCAUCAUCACCACCGGCCGCAAAGGGUUGCCUUCCACAAGCGACCUCCGCAGGAGGCGCUCUUCCGUCCCGGCACCGAACCGUUGAGCCUGUCUGCUGCUGCCGCCCUGGCCGCCGCUGCUGCUGCUGCUGCUGCCAACGCCGCCUCCUCGCCUGGAGCCGUUUCUUCCGGUGACAGCGCAGCCGAUUCGCUCGAACUGGCCGACACGUGCUUAAGAUCAAACCAAAACUGUGCCGCAAACAGCGGCAGUGGCGGUGGCAACAGUGGAGCUUCCAAUACGACCGGCGCUGCCCCCGGCAGCACAACGCCCUACGGCGGCCCACCUUCCUACUGUCGCAAUCCGAUGUCGAUCGGUGACUCGCAUCCACUGCCGUCGGAAGGUUCGCCCGCCAGCGCGGCACCGUCCCCGAUGCAACCUUCCUCCGUUUCGCAACCAACCUCCGUACCCUCCGGCGAUCAGCUCAUCACAAUGUCACCCCAUCCACCUGCCUCGAACAACCCGCGCAGUGUGCAGCCCGGUACGCCCUGCCUGGACCACCUGGACAAGAACACGCCGGCCCCGACGCCAACCGAUCAGCACGAUAGUAAAAGCAUCAACGCUUCCCCGUACCACACACCUUCCCAUCCGGGUGGUGGUGGUGGUGGCGGAGGCAGCAGUGGCGGCACUACCGAAGGAGGACAGCAGCAGCAGGCUAGCGCCAACCUGAUGGGCAAUUCGUCCAGCAGCAGCAGCAGCAACAGCAGCAGCAACGGUAGCAACAGCAGCAGCAACUCGCUCAGUGCGCUGAAAGCAUCGCCCCGCAGCUCGCUGUCGUCCUCAGGCAUCGGCAGCCUGAAGGUGCGGUCGGAGUCGUCGCUCGGGGCGGGCGGUUCGUGCUCGCUUGGCAGCGGAGGCGGCAGCGGCGGCGGCGUACCGAUGACGCCCAGCAUCCACAGCGUGUUCAGCUCGGCGCACCAGACGGCGUUGGCGAACAAUCUCGCCAGCAAGCGGGAAUCGAUCCUGCAGAUGCUGCAGUCGCUGAAGCGGCCGUCGCUGUUCUGCAAGGACUACGAGACGCUGCAGGGCGAGGACAUUCCCAGCACGUCGCAGCUGCUGUACGACUACACGUGCGUCGACGCAUGGAUGAACCAUCCGGUAAAGCGGAUGAGGCUGGCGGCGGAAGAGAAUCGGCUCGUGAAGAAGAUACGCAAUCUCGACCUGUACGCGAACGAGCACAGCCGCACGAUGGCAUCCGGCCCCGGGCUGGCCGGCAGCGGGAACAGCACUAACGGCGGCAUCGGCACCAAUGGAAUGCUGAUGAAGGGUGCGGCCGAAGCAUCCGAAGCGCUGGCGGAAGCGCUGAGCGGCGGUCGGCCCGGAACCGGUGGCGGCAGUGAUAAUGGCGCACCGAACAACGGUGCCGGCUGUACGCCGCUGCUCGGCCAGAUCAAGAUGGAGAUCGGUUGCGACGGUAGUCAGGGUGGUACGGCGGUCGGCAGUGCCAACGGUGGUACGCCCGACCGCAACGGAGCGUCCGCGGGCAAUGGUGGUGCGGGCGACGGUGCGCUGCUCGGUGAGCACGAGAUAAAGAAGGAGAAGGAGGACAAGGGUUCGAUCUUUCUGACCGAUCAGGAUCUGCAGCCAUCGAUCGACGAUUUGAACCAGAUCUUCGACGACGGUGGCCCGUUCAACGAUGAUCCGGAUCUGCACAACACACCGCCCGGGUCGAACAAGAGCAGUAGCGGUAGCGGGGGCUUCUCGGAGGAGAGUAAACGCUUCCCCAGCUCGAACCACCACUCGGUGAACAGUGGCAUGCUCAGCCCGAAGGAGCUGUCGCAGAUGUUCCCCACGCCGCCGAGCUUAGAUCCGCAUCCCAAUUCGAGCCCCGGGGGCGGUGGCUGUCUGUCCGACGGCGGCUCGAUCGCGCUCGACACGCUGGUCGACCUGCAGAUGUCACUUUCAUCCGGGACGGGUAGCGGUGGUGGUAACGGUGGUGGAGCGAGCUCGGUGCCACCGAUACCGAACCUGGGCAGCCCGCAGGAGGAACCGAUCGACGAUUGGUCGUUCGUGUUUCUCCCGCCACCGAUCUGCCCGUACGUGGGCUCGUCCAAGUAUGCGCCGCUCCCGUCGCUGCCGAGCCAGCAGGUGAUGCCGCCCAUCCCGACCAGCACGGUCGCGGGGCUGGUGUACAAAUCGACCCGCCAGAAGCAGAAGGAGCAGGCGGCGGCCGAGCGGGAAAAGCAGAAGCAGCGCGAGCAAGCCGAACGCGAGCGAGAGCGGGAACAGAAGCAGGAGCAGCAGCAGCAGGACCAUCCCGACGGUCAGCCGGAAAGCGGUGGCCAAGGCGGCGCUGGAGCAGGCACGGGAAGGCCGUUGGGCGUUGCUGGUCCCACUACCACGGCAUUGGGCGUUGGGCUGGGGCUGCUGCCCAUCGUCAAGCAGGAGGUGGGAGGGUUGACCGUUCCGCAGCCGCUCAGCACCCCGAACUCGCUGCUCGGCGGGCUGAGCGGCCUGAACGGCGGGUCGCUCGCCCACCCGUACUCGAACCCACCGUCGCAGGGCGCCCAAUCGCAGCCCCACUCGCGCCCCCCGUCGGUGAACUCGCUCCCGGGGGGCAUCAUGGGUGGUGGGGCGGGUAUGCUUUCCCCCUCGCCGGCCGGCACUUCGGGCGGCGGUCUGUUCCACCCGGGUGGCAUGGGCGGAAUCCCGGUACCGCUCCGGCAGGGCAUGUCGCCCAUUUCGCCCGCCACGCCCGGCGGCUCGAUGCGCGUGCCAACGCCGCAGGGAUCCUGCCCGCUGCCCUACCCGUCGCCGCUCGGCGGUGCCGGCAGCCCGAACCCGAUGGGUUCGCUGAGCUUCCGGCGCACGACGCCGCUGCUGCCACCGCCCCCGUACGAUGUGGCGAUCGCCAGUCCGGCCAAUUCUGUCGCGACGCCCUCCUCCUACCACAGCAAGCAGUACCCGCUCGACGGGGUGGACAGCGGCGGGCCCGGCUCCAACCGGGGUCCCAUGACCCCGUCCUCGACGGGGGGCAGUGGCCCCCUCGGUGCUGGGACCGUCCAUCCGCCGCUCUCUUCCAGCGGUGUCGGCUGCGGGACCGGUACGCCCGCCGGCAGCCGCAGCAUCGAAACGAACGCACUGCUCGUGAACGUGCUGCUGUACGAUACGGCGCUGAACAUCUUCCGCGAUCACAACUUCAAAAGCUGCACCCUGUGCGUGUGCAAUGCGGGCGCAAAGUGUGUGGGCAACAUACGGGGCGCGGACAGUGGCCUCUACCUCGCGCUGCCCGGCACGAACUGGAUGGAUUCGGUGACGGCGGCCGGCGCCGAACCGACGCCGAGCACGACGCCCGGACCGGCGGGCGGAAGAAGUAAGGCGAGCGCGCUGGCCCAUCUCGGGCUGGGUGGUAGCAGUAGUGCCUUCGGCGCCGGCAUGCUAGGCUCCCCGGCCGUGGGCCGGCAGGAGGACAAGAGCGCGGCGGUUACAAUCAACACGGACAGCCUGCAGAAUGGCUACCUGGACGAGGAUCCGAUCGACUGCCAGUGCGGGUUCAGUGCGGUCGUCAACCGACGGAUGGCGCACCGGGCCGGCCUGUUCUACGAGGACGAGAUGGAGAUAACGGGCAUGGCGGAGGAUCCGGCCGUGCACAAGAACGGCUCGCUGUUCGAGUUUCUCAACGGGACGGCGAAAGCGAUCAAGCUGGAGGACGCGGACCGCGGAGCGUUGGCGACUUCCGCCGGGGGCUCCUCCUCCUCCGCUGCUGGCGGGGACAGUUUGCCGCUGACGCUCAAGGUGAUGGAUCUGCUGCGGGAGCAGUGCUCCGUGGUGCAGAGCUCGAGCAAUUCCAUCCACCGGGCGGUGAACCGGUACCGGGGGCCCCUGUUUGGCCGUGGGGCCGAGAACGGAGCGGUCCACCUGCUCGAGUAUGUGGACGCGAACGAUGUGAUUAGCUUGGCGCUGGAGCAGGGCCGGCUGCAAGCCAUCAACGAGAGCAAGAUGGAUGUCGACCAGCAGCAGCAGCAGCAGUCGUCGUCGGGCGCGCUCGUGAAGGGCGGAACGCUGCGCGGCCAGAUGAACGUGCACAAGUGGCCGUUCCUGCGGGCCGGUGGCCCCAAGAGCAAUCAGGACAUUGUGCGCAUCAUGAAGUCGAUGCAGCCGCUGCUGCAGGACGCCUUCCACAAGCGCUGCACGACCCGGCUCUGGGACGCACCGUACACGAUACAGGGGCCGCUCACGUGGCGCCAGUUCCAUCGGCUGGCCGGGCGCGGUACGGGCCAGUGCGAACCGCAACCGAUCCCGUCGCUCAUCGUCGGGUACGAGAAGGAUUGGCUGUCGCUGGCACCGUACGCGCUCCACUACUGGGACAAGCUGCUGCUCGAACCGUACUCGUACCCGCGCGACGUCGCGUACGUCGCGAUCGUCCCCGACAACGACUACGUGGUGGCGAAGGUGCGCACCUACUUCAAGGAGCUCAGCACCACGUACGAGAUGUGCAAGCUCGGGCGGCACACGCCGAUCAAGGGCUGGGACGGGAUACUGCGCGUCGGGAGCCAGCGCGUGCUGAAGGAAACGCAAAACUCCAACCUGGACGAGUGGUUCACGAACAUGGGCGUGGAUCAGCAGCGCAAAAAUGGCACCACCACUGCAGGGUCCGCCUCUUCCUCUUCCUCUUCCGGGUUGAACGAGCUGCUGCGGCUGUACGCUCAGACGUGUCAGCAGCAGCUCGCCCCGUACCUGUCCAAGGUACCGUCGGACAAGAGUUUGCUCGAUCCGCCGGAGAGCCAUCACCACACGUCGUCUUCCGCGUCCGCUUCGGCUUCGCUCGGGGGCGGUGCGGCUGGUGCUUCCUCGCUCGGCGGCGGUUCGAUGGGCCAGCCGGGUGGCAAUGCGAUGGGCCAGAACCGGCCCGACGGACCGGGACAGAGUCCGAUGCCACCACCGCCGCCCAGUACGCCGGAUUCAUCGCAGCCCGGCGAUAAGGCACCGAACACGCCCAAGUUUGAUCACGAUUCGGAAAAUCGCGACCAGCUGAAUACCUCCUCCGCCAGUCCGGCCGACGGUAUGCGGAUCGAUGACGAUGGGAAGGAUCCGCCCCAUAUCGUGCUGUACAUCGUGGAACCGUUCACCUGCGGUAACGAUUCGCCGGACGUGGAACGGUUGGCUUGUCUGUCGCUGCUGCGGUGCUACUCGAACAUUCUGAACGCCGUCCCGGACUCGAUACGCAGCAAUAUCAGUGUGCAGAUCAUCUCGCUGGAAAGCAUCCUCGAGCUCGGGCGCAACCGCAACCGAUUGCGCCUCAGCGACCACAUGCGCUGCCUGGCGCUGAGCGUUUUCUCCCAGAGCCGCAAGUACCUCGCCCACAUGAACACGGUCAAAAGUUUGACCGGGUUCGGGACGGCCGCCAACGCGGAACAGUUCAUCAAGCGCAAGGACGACAAAAACCGCGUCCCGUACCGACUGUACACACCGCCGUACGUGCUGGCCCGAUCCUGCGAGAAGAGCGAAAACACGGAAUCGUUCGGCAAGACGAGCAUGAAGCAGCAGUGCUCCAUCAUGUACUGUAGCUACUGUUUGAGCGAGGACCAGAGCUGGCUGCUCGCGGUGGCGACCGACGAUCGGGGCGAGUUUCUCGAAACGGUCACGAUCAAUAUCGACAUUCCGAACCGGGGUCGGCGAAAGCGUGCCUCGGCCAGGCGGUACGGGCUGCAGAAGCUGAUGGACUUCAUCCUCGGGCUGAUCUCGCAAACGGUGCAGCCGUGGCGGCUGGUGGUCGGGCGCAUCGGGCGCAUCGGGCACGGCGAGCUGAAGGGCUGGAGCUGGCUGCUGAGCAAACCGAACCUGCAGCGCGCGUCCAAGCAUCUGAAGGACAUCUGCGAGCAGUGUUCGCUGAUGCAUCCGAUCGCGGUGCCGAGCAUACUGAGCGCCUGCCUGGUGACGCUCGAGCCGGACUCGGAUUUGCGCGUCAUGUCGGAUCAGUUCACGCCGGACGAGCGGUUCAGCCAGCGGUCGAUGCAGUCGCCGCUGUCGACGCCGCAGGAUGCGACCUGCACGCACAUACUGGUGUUUCCGACCAGUGCCAAAGCACAGUCUGCCCAGGCGUCGUUCAGCGUGAUCGGAGAGCUGGAUUUGGGCGAGGAUCUCAACAUGGUGAUCAUGGAUGGGGACGACGAUGAUGAUGGUAUCAACAUGAUGGACGUGUUCAAGUGUUGGGACGACUUGCCAAUGCAGCAGAUCAACAUGCCACACUCGCGACCGGGAAGCCCGUCACAGUUCGAAGGCAAUCAGCAGAGCCCGGGCGAAAGUGGCUCCAAGGGUGCUGGAUCCCGUGACGGUUACGGGUCGCAAGAUUCGGAAGAGGUCGGUUUGGUGCUACAGCAGCCGCUAGCAAUCGGGUACCUUGUGUCGACGGCCCCCACCGGCCGGAUGCCGGAAUGGUUCUGGUCCUCCUGCCCGCACAUGGAGAACGUGUGCCCGGUGUUUCUGCGCACGGCGCUGCAUCUGCACAGCCCGACGAUACUGCAGAACACGGACGAUCCGCUGCAGCAGAAUCAAUCGUCCACCGAGCAUCCGCUCGAUUCGAACAUUACCGCCGACGUGCUGCGGUACGUGCUCGAGGGCUACAACCUGCUGUCCUGGCUGGCGAUGGACUCGAACACGCACGAUCGGCUCUCCUGCCUGCCGAUACACGUGCAGGUGCUGAUGCAGCUCUACCACAUGACGGCUGCGUUGGCGUAAGAGACAGAGAGAGAGAGAGAGAGAGAAAGAGAG